AUGGUACGCAGCUGCUCACUCGUGGCGGACGACUCGUUCGGGCCAGUCCUCGCGUGUCCAGCAUCCUUUGACUUCACGCUACUGUUCGAGCAAAGCAUUCUGUCCAUCGGUCCAUCGGCGGUUUUCCUUCUCCUGAUCCCUUGGCGGAUCUGGUCGCUCUAUCCUGCAAACAGCAAAACUGUCACAAACAAGGCCUAUUGGCAAAAGUUGGCCGUUGCGCUGUGCCUCGUCGGCCUUCAGACUGCGUCAGUGGUGGAAUGGGCACGUCACAAAUAUUUGGUCAAGACUGCCCUUCCGGCCAUAGCUCUGUCGCUAGUCGAUUCGAUAUCAAUAACUGCUUUAUCAGCAAUUGAGCACGAUCGCUCAGUACGCCCGUCAUCGCUCUUGAGCGUCUACCUUAUUCUGUCAACGCUUUUCGAUGCUGUGCAAGUACGCUCACUAUUCAUCCGACACUACCCAUCCCCAUUGCCAGCACUAGCUGCGGCAACCGUCGCACUGAAGCUUCUUCUCCUAGCACUGGAAAGCCAAAGUAAACGCGCGUAUCUAAAGUCAGCAUUCCGUACCACACCGCCCGAGUCGACCAGUGGGAUAUUAGCUCGCACUGUCUUCUGGUGGCUCAAUCGUCUUUUCAUGAAAGGAUUCCGCAAGCUCCUGACGAUCGAGGAUCUUUUCCCGACGGAUAGAGACUUGAGCUCGACUCGUCUAAGGGGCAAGAUUGGAAGCGCAUGGAGAAAAUACCAAUCCAGCCACACACGGAGCCUGAUUUUCGCGACCACGACCAGUCUGCGUUGGGCAGUCCUUCGGACAGUAUUCCCGAGACUCUGCCUGAUAGGAUUCACCUAUGCACAAACAUUUUUCAUCCAGCAAGCAAUCGAGCAUUUACACAUGCCCAACACCCAGAAGACGAAGAACGAGAACUAUGGGCUGAUUGGGGCUGCAGCACUCAUCUAUGGAGGAAUCGCGAUCUCAACGGUGCACUACAAACAUCAACUGUUUCGUAUGAUUACAAUGUUCAGGGGCGCAGCCGUUGCAUUGAUUUACGACCACACUAUGGUUCUGGCGGACGGAUCCCGCGAUGACUCGGCUGCUGUUACGCUUAUGAGUACAGAUAUUGACAUGAUCGCACGGUCUUUGGAGCAGGUCAGCGAAUUGUGGGCUCGGCUGGUGGAGAUUGCGAUUGGAAUCUGGCUGUUGGAGCGGCAGCUGGGUGCUGUUUGCGUGGCGCCAAUUCUCGUGAUUCUUCUAUGUACAUCAGCUCAAACGUAUAUGGCAACAUUUAUGCCUGCAAGGCAGAAGGUUUGGGUUGGCGCUAUUCAGCGCCGGGUGGGCAUCAUUUCCACAGCACUGAAGUCGAUGAAGAGCGUCAAGAUGCUUGGUUUAUCGGAGAUUCUCGCCGCAACACUUCAAGCACAGAGACAGCGGGAGUUGGAUCUGUCUAAAGACUUUCGAUGGUUGAUUGUGUGGCUGAACGUCGUUGCGAGCUUGCCUCAGAUGUGUGCUGCCCUCGUCACAUUUGCAGCUUUCGUGAUUCGCGCCAAGAUCGAUCAUUCGGAGUCGCUGUCGACCGUACAGGCUUUUACAUCGCUUGCUAUCAUCAGUCUCAUCACAACCCCGGCGCUGCAGCUUCUGGCAUCAAUUCCAGCUGUGACAGCCGCUUUGGGUGCCUUUGACCGCAUCCACAAAUUUCUCACUUCUCCUACCCUAGAUUCCUCACCGGCAAGCAGAGGCUCUGGCCCUGAGAAAGAUAGCAAUGACAUUCAUGGGUCAGUGGUAGAAUUGCAAAUGCUGGCACCCAAAGCACAUUCCGACCAGGUCGUUCUGCGGAUGACAGAUGCCUAUAUUCGUCCGGUCCCUGAAUCCGACUUCUCCCUUGCGGAAAUCAACACGGCAAUCAGAGCCGGCACGGUCACAAUGAUCAUGGGCCCUGUUGGGAGUGGAAAGUCUACGCUGUUGAAAGCAGCGAUCGGUGAAUUGCGCUGUGAGCGAGGAACGAUCACAAAAGCAUGGCGAGACGCUGCCUACUGUAGCCAGAACCCCUGGCUUCAGAAUACAACCAUUCGGAAUAAUAUCUGUGGCUAUUCAGAGCCAGAAAAGGAGUGGUAUGAGCGGGUACUACGGGCGUGCGCUUUGGAGCAAGACAUUUCUCGCAUGCCGGAGGGUGAUCAGUCCGUGGUCGGUAGUGGUGCCCUCAAGCUGAGCGGAGGACAGAAGCAGCGUCUUGCAAUAGCUCGAGCUGUUUACUCGAGGAAAGAGUUUCUGGUGCUUGACGAUGCCUUGAGUGCUGUUGACAUGAAGACGGCACAUCGUGUCGCCGAGGCCUUGUUUGGUCAAAAUGGAGUCUGUCGACAGAUAGGUACCACUGUUAUGAUGGCAACUCAUUCAGAUCACCACUUGCGGUUUGGAGAUUCAAUCCUCAUUCUAGAUUUGAGUGGACGUAUUCAGGAACAAGGUUCUGUGGAGAGCUUAGACCUUGCCUCGCAAGUGCACCCAUUCGCAACGGAACCCAGUCCAGGAACUUCAGAAUCGCGACCCGAUGACGAAAACAAACCUGUCUCCACAAAGAAAGUGGAAACCCUGACUGUUGAUGAUAUUGCCGAUAUAUCUCGCCGCACGGGCGAUGCUGCAGUAUACACGUAUUACUUGAAGGCCAUCGGAUGGCGCAGCACAUUGGUCGCUUGUGUGAUCAUCAUUGUGCACACAUUCUCCUCCAUCUUCCCUCAGAUAUGGUUGGAGCUGUUCACAAACAACAACGGAAAGAAUGCUGCCCAGUUUAUUGGUGUUUACGUUGUCCUUGCCGCGCGUCAUUGCCAUCCUGUAUGCCAAGCUGAUUAUUCCAGGCAAAUCAUGAUCAGGGUCGUGAUCAAAUCAGGACUAGAGCUACACAGGGUGCUUGUUAAAACCGUAGUUGAUGCGCCGAUGCAAUUCUUCGCUAGUGUGGAUUCUGGCGUCAUCCUAAACAGGUUCAGCCAGGACAUGACUCUGGUAGAUGCUGUGCUACCGACAAUGGCCUUUGGCACAGUACUGAGUGUUGCACAAUGCUUCGCCCAGAUUGCCCUAAUCUCACUGGGUUCCAGCUAUAUGGCCGUCACGAUCAUCCCGUGCUUGCUGGUGCUAUAUUGCGCGCAGAAAGUCUAUCUGCGUACUUCCAGACAACUGCGGUUCCUCGACCUGGAAGCUAAAAGCCCUCUUUAUACGAUAUUUAUGGAAACUCUCGAGGGCCUUCCCACAAUCCGGGGGCUUGGAUGGCAACGAUCGUUUGUGGUCGAAUGUCUACGCCGAUUGGACGAGUCGCAGAAGCCAUACUACCUCCUCUACUGUAUCCAGCGAUGGCUCAAUGUUGUCCUCGAUCUUUUAGUUGCUGCACUGGCCGUGAUCCUGAUUGCCCUAGCCACAUCGUUGCGAGACUCAACUGAUCCGGGCAAACUGGGGGUGUCCUUGACCGCGAUUAUGGCUUUCAGUCAGAAUUUGCAAGAGGUAGUGACCAGCUGGACUUCUUUGGAAACAUCACUGGGUGCAAUCGCACGGACCAGGUCCUUUGAGAUGAAGACGCCAAUCGAGCAUAAGCCCCGGGAGACCGUGAAACCGCCACCUUCAUGGCCGGCUGAGGGGAGGAUUGAGAUUACCUCUCUUUCUGCCUCAUACGACGGAAUCACGCGAGCAUUGGACAACGUAUCCCUCAACAUAGAAGCCGGAGAAAAAUUGGUCGUCUGCGGACGGACAGGAAGUGGAAAGAGCACGCUCAUCUCGGCCAUCAUGCGCCUGAUUGACCCUCAAAGCGGCACGAUAUCAAUUGAUGGACUCGACAUUUCCACCAUUUCGCGAAAUGUGCUUCGCUCGCGCAUCAUCGCGGUUCCUCAGGAUCCUUUCUUCCUCCCAGGCUCCAUCCGCUUCAACCUAGACCCAGCCGGUCGUUUAGCUGAUGCAACUUUGAUUUCUGCCUUGGAGAGGUGUAAUCUUCUAGCCGUGGCCACGUCUCGCGGUGGGUUGGAUGCAGAAUUGACAGCCUCCUCAUUAUCCCAGGGCGAGCAACGACUCUUCGGGUUGGCGGCAGCUCUGCUGCGUAAAUGGGAUCGAGACCAUGAUGAAGGCAUUGGAAGUGGCAAGGGCGGUCUCCUGAUUUUAGAUGAAGCUACCAGCGGGACGGAUGCUGCGACUCAUGGGUUGAUGCAGCAGGUGGUCGAUAGUGAGUUUGGUGGGUAUACGGUCCUUCACAUCUCGCACCGGACGGAAACGAUGGGCGUUGUUAAUCGGGUGGUUGAGAUGGCGGAUGGUCGGAUUGUGAGGGCAGAGAUCCAGAGUCAUUAGGUUUGUUGUUGUGGGUAUGUGCUGUGACUGCAAGAUUCAUAGCAUCUUGCGAUUAGAUCGUCUAGUAGACUUGGGUAAGUCAUAACCGGAUAGGCUAUAUGGUAGAAUGAGUUGGAGUGGAGGUGACUUGAGAAUCUAGCGCCUUGUUAUGACAUG